AGUGCUGCCUCGGGAGAAACGGAGUCAGCCAGCAGGGAAUCGGAGCGAUGGCGGAAGCGGCGGCCGAGAAAGCUUAUUACAGAUUCCUUGUGCUUUUCUUCAACUGUCUCUUGACCUUUGGCUCCUACUUCUGUUUUGACAUUCCCAGUGUCUUGCAAGAACAGUUUCAAGGGAAUCUAACCUGCCCCAAUGGAACUCAACACAACGGCACAGAACAUAAUGCAACAACUGAUUGUGUGGAAGGGCUUGGAAUGACUCCUGAAGAAUACAAUCUUCUGUAUGCCAUCUAUGCCUGGACUAAUGCACUGGUGGUGAUUGUGGCUGGCUUCCUGAUUGACAAACUUGGAAACCGCUUUGGUGUCUUUGUUUUCUCGUUCUUGACUGUCUUGGGAUCAUCCAUUUUUGCACUGGGUUCCCACCUAAAAGGGACUCCGUACCUUUUGCCUCUGAUGCUAACGGGCAGACUGCUUUUUGGUUCUGGAAAUGGAUCGCUUACAAUUGUGCAGAACCGCAUCACCGCCUUUUGGUUCAAGGGGAAGGAGCUGGCGCUUGCCUUCGGGCUGACUCUCUCUUUCUCCCGUCUCGGCAGCGUCCUCAACUUCUUUUUCACCCAGCAGUUUGAAAGCCAUUUUGGAAUCCAGUGGACCCUCUGGGGAGGAGCUUUGUUAUGCGUGCUGGGUUUUAUUUCCGCCAUCAUCGUUAGCGUGUUGGAUAAAGUGGGCACGAAGCAGCUCGGCUUGGAUGGAGUUCUCCAACAAGAGUCCAAGAAAGUGAAAGUUCAAGAUAUCCGACACUUACCCCUUCGCUACUGGCUUUUGGUCCUUACUAUAAUGUUCUUCUACAAUGGGAUCUUCCCUUUUGUGGCCGAUGCAAGUAAGUUCAUCCAAGAUAAGUAUCCUGGCUACACUCAACAGGCAGCUGCUUAUAUAGCUGGAGCGGUUUACGACAGCUCUCUCCUUCUCUCGGCGGCUGUUGGCAUACUGAUCGAUUAUAUUGGGCUGAGGGGGGUGUUUGCUGCUGCUUGUGCGGUGCUAACGUUGCCCGUAUUUGCUCUCUUGGCCUUCACAUUCGUUCCCCCACUAGUCUCCACCAUCUGGUUAGGAAUCACCUACUCCUUUGCAGCUGCCAGCAUGUGGCCUUCAAUUCCACUGGUGGUUCCUCAAGCAACAUUGGGAACAGCUAUGGGGCUGGCGACAUCCGUGCAAAUGAUCGGCAUUGGCCUCUCGAAUGUGAUCGUGGGGCGGAUUUUGGGAACAAAAUCCAGUGAACUGAAGAUCCCCUUAUGGCGCUGGCAACAGAUGAUGAUCUUCAUGCUGGCCAACACCAUCGCUUGCAUUGGGACCUCUGUCUGCCUUAACAUAGUAGAUAAGAAGCAGGGUGGCACGUUGAACCGCUCAACCAAACGCUCGCCAACCGAGGCUGUGGCCCAACCAUCUGUUGACACUGCUCCCCUUCUCAAUGAGGCGGAAGGAGAACCGUCUAUCAACUGAAAGAAGAGGCCUUCGGGACACGGGAGUACAACACAAAUGAGCCAGAGAGCCUCAUUCUAACAACGCACCCUCCUUUUUUCUCUCCUUUCUUUGGCGGUUUAAUAAGGGAAUUUAAAGAACAGGGCCUAAAUGCAGUGUACAAGAAUAGCUGCUUUCCAAGUAGCUGCGAGGUGCUACCUGUUAACUGAAAAUCUUACACUAUCAAUAAUGCUGCAGCUGCCAUGAGUGCAGAGAUCUUUAAUGCCAAUUUUGAGUUGUUUAGUCAUUAAGAUGUCUUCUUUAUUGCGGGAAAUUUUCUGCUGAAGAGAUUGAAAUUUUUUUUCUGCAGAUCUUAAAUGGACGAAAAGGUGGGAAUGUAAAUUACUCUGUGCAAGCAAUUGUAUAUGCAAACAUUGCACUCAUUUUUUUUUUAAAAAGGUCCUUUUGCGCUGUUAAAAGGCUAAUAAUGGAUUUCAUCCUUGUAGCACCCACCACAGCAGUAUUAUCAAAAUCCUUCAUAAUUUUCCUUUUCCAAAAUCAUGAGGUUUUAAAUCAAGGUUUGCCUUCCUCACACAUCCGUUUCAAUUAUAUUGGCUUCUUUUUGAAAUAUAUUGACAGUAUUGAAAAUCCUAAUAUUCAGGAACUUGGGCAUUAUAGUACAUUCCCAGUUUCCAUUUCUCCUUUGACUUCUUCUGAAGAAGGGUUCCAGUAGCUCCACCCUGACUAUUUCGGGAUAUAAAGGCUAACAUGAAUGAUUAUUGAUUUGACUGCAUAAUGGAUAUUGACUAUUCUGUAUCUCUUCAGCACAAUAUCCUUACUAGUAAUUGUGGCUAUACAAGUUGGUAAUUUGUCAAGAGGGCUAUUUAACUUUGCUCUAGAAGUAGAAACAUAAUGCCCGUUAAGAUAAUCUAUUAACACGGUUAACUAUAUUCACUUCAGAGUUAAUCACUCUGGAUAGGCCAAACCCAUCCCAGAGGCAUUUGAUGCUUUGAGCCAGCGGUAACGUGAUCCAGUUAUGAGUUAGCUUUUGGCACUGCUGUCCCUCAAGUGGUUAGCUGGCCUUAGACUUCAGAUGUUGCACUGCAAUUAGAAAAUAUAACAAGCCCAUGCCAAUAACUCUCCCCAGCAAUAUGUGGCCAAUUACUGAUGGGAUUCAUCCCUUGGUAGGAAAAUGUCCAGCAUUUGGGAAAGACACUAUUUUGCAGGAAGAUUGUAGACAGGCCUCCCUGAACAUAAAUGGAUGGGUUUCUGUAAAAAUACACAACAGCAUUCCUGACCCUCUUCCUUCUAUCAUCUUCCGGUCAAAUUGCAAGCUCGUUUUUAGCCCAACUAGACAACCCAUGACUCAGAGGGACAUCUCCGAAAUAUUUCCCGACCAGGUUUCUGAAUGUCUUCAAAAUCAAAUGCAAGAUACAUUCAGAGAUGCAACUGCCUUGAAAAUAGCCCAUGUGGAACUGUGUUGCACAAACACCAAUGCAGAAAAUGAUUUGACAUUUCGUGUUAUGUCACAAAUGGUUUUGUGAGAGUUCUUACGUCGUAACAUGUUUUAUAACAUUCGCCAAAUUUCAAUCCCGUGAUCGAAUUUGGGACACUUUCUGUACAUUAGCCCAUUUAAGGCACCUUGGUUGAAAACAUUGUGUCCUGCAUUCAGUUAAGGGUUACAGGAACAAGAUCUCUAUGGAGACUCUCAGUCAUCCAAAGUCAUGGGUUGUCCCAAAGGUGUUUUUUCAAGAGGCAACCGGACUUUCUUGGUUUUUCCCUUCAAGGCGUUUCGCUUCUCAUCCAGUUCUUCUCAAGAACUGAAGAAGCGAGACGUCUUCAAGGAAAAACAAAGUCCAACUGCCUCUUGAAAAAGCAUCUUUGCUACAGGAACAAGAAUUUUAAUAGAUGCCAAACUUGGCUUGAUCUCCUACCUCAAUUUUUAGAAGAAGAAAAGUGACCUGCAACUCUGCUAAGGGAAGGCCACUUGGAAUGCUAAGAUUAGAAUGGGAAGUACGAUAGGUACAUUUUUGUGACGCGGCUGCUGAAGCAAGCAGAGUCACUCACAAGAGGCCUCUUUGCAAAAUUAGAGCCAAUCAUUGUUACAAGCAUCCCAUCUACUCCUCUGAAAUGAUCUCUGACCACUUUUGCAGUUCCUUUUGGACAAACCAUUGGGUUACAGCUUAUCUAACUUUUCUCAGAGUGCCUGUGUAGCCCAACUCGCAUGAAAACAAGACUGCCAACUUAAUAUUUUUUAUUGUCAAAUGAUACAAAGAACAAUGGACACAGCUUGAUUUGUCUAAUAGCAACACUCUUCACAUUUGGAUACCAGAGUGGGGAAAAAGGGAUAGUGGUAAUGCUACAAAGGGAUUGAUUUUUU